AUGGGAGUAGAUGUCCAUCACAAUCCGCCCGUGCCUAACAAAUCAUAUAGAAAGUCGCCGACGGUUUCGUAUAAUUUCGAUCUUGGGACCAAGAUGGGUACGGUAGGGUACAUGACAUAUAUAUAUCCACCAGAAGGGUCUAGAGAGAGAGCAAACGUAAGUUCAUGA